AAAAAAGAGUGGGUUGGAUCGACACAAAGAAGCAAGGCGAGGCAAGGGUUUUCACUUUUUCAGAAAAGUCGAACGGCGAGCGUAGUCGCAAGAGACGCAACAGAAUAGAACGACGAAUAGGCGUGCAGGGAAACCAUUUCAUUUUCGAGCGCGUCGCUUUCGAAUCCAAUGGCCUUCAACAACGCACUGAGAUCUGCCGCGAAGCUCGUCGCUUCUUCCGAAUCUUCCUUCUCUAACUCAGUGAGCAGAGGUUUUCAUUCAACUGGCAUGAAGAGGAUGGGAGGUGGACAUGGUCAUGAUGAGCCCUACUAUCUUCAUGCAAAGCACAUGUACAACUUGGACAAGAUGAAGCACCAGGGGUUGAAAAUGUCCCUUGCUGUGUUCACUGCUUUCAGCAUUGGUGUUGCAGUUCCUGUGUAUGCUGUCAUUUUCCAGCAAAAGAAAACAGCUUCUGCCUAGGCUCAUCUUUUACUUCUAUUUGCAAUAAGGUGGAUUUGGGGAUUCUAGACUAGCCUAUUGGUUCUGGUGUUCAUUACUGCUUUGAACUUUAUUUAUGUUCAACCUUCUAUAUAGAUUUUUCAUAUAUAUCUGAUAAUAAUCAACUUCUCUGCACUACCAAAUACUUGUGCUUGGACACUUUAUUGUUUUGCACAUCUGUUUCGUGCGUUUCAUCAAUAGUUUGAUUAUUUGGUUAAUGCAUUUUUGCAAUCAGUUCUGAUUUGUAGCUUUCGAAGUUUCCGUUGUUAAGGUAACAAUGCCCAAAAAGGCAGUAUCACUUAAGUGUUGUAUUUGUUUUCUUAUUUUUCUUUUGAAAUAAAUACUCAAAUUAUACUC